ACAGCCAGUGACGUUCAGGGGUUCCUCCUGGCUCUGCGCUCAGAAAUCGCUCCUGACUCGGGGGACCAUAUGGGACACCACCAGGGGAUUGAACCCAGGUCCAUCUUAGGCUAGCUCAGGCAAGCCUUACCGCUUGCACCACCGCUUCCUCCUUCUUUCCUUUCCAUCUUGACCGUUUCCCUGAGGCUCCUCCAGCCUUGGGGCUGAGGGGUAAAGGCUUUUGGAAGAAUGGAGACCCCCAGCUCUCUGGACUCCUCUUCGUGCGAAGACUCCUCCCUGCCUGGAGAGGAGCCUUCUUCCUCUGCCCUCAGUCAGGCCUUGUCUCGGAUUUUGCACCAACUCGCCGUAGACCAGAACACCCGACGGACAAAGGCCAGCCAGGCAGCAGCACUGCAGGACCUCCGUGGGCUGAUCGAAGCCGCGGACUGUGAGGGGUUGUUCGGGUGCGAUGAUACCCUUCCUGGAGGGAUGCCCUCGUUGCUGGGGCGCUUGGCUAGAGCCCUGGAGAAGGCCGCGUCACCACCCAAGGAGCAAGAAGGCAGAGACGAGCAUUCUGGGCACCCUGAUGUGGCCGAGAGAGCUGUGGCCGUGGGGACAGUGUUUCUGCAGCUGCUGACGAAGGUGGAGGCUGCCAAGAACCACCCGACUUGCCCCAUGUGGGGCCCUGGCCUCGGCCACGUGGCCAGCUCUGCCUAUGUGUUCGCCGUCGCCCACUCUUCAGAGCACCCGUGGACCAGCCCUGGAUCUCGGGACAUGGCCCGGGAGGUGUUGGCACAGCUGCUGAGAGUGGCAGGCUGUGCUUCUGUGGCGGGGCUCCUCGUUGGAGAGAGGGAAGAUGAGAAUGGGAGGUUGAAGGCCAUUCUGGCGCUUCUCCAACCCGAACUGAACAAGGAAACCUGGAAGAAUAACCCUGCCACCAAGCACGUUUUCUCAUGGACUUUGCAGCAGGUCACUCGACCCUGGCUGAAUCAGUAUCUGGAAAAGGUUCUUCCUCCAUCCUUGCUCAUCUCAGAUGACUAUCGGACUGAGAACAAAAUCCUGGGAGUACAAUGCCUCCAUCAUAUUCUGCUUAAUGUGCCAGCAGCUGAUUUGCUCCAGUAUAAUAGGGCUCAGGUGGUAUACCAUGCCCUUUUCAAUCAUCUGUAUACUCCAGAGCACCAACUUAUUGAGGCCGUGCUUCUUUGUCUGCUGGAUAUAUUUCCCAUCCUGGAGAAAGGCCAGCAUUGGAAAGGAGGUACAGCUCGCCCCACCACACACUGUGAUGAGGUGCUACAGCUGGUCCUAACCCACAUGCAGCCAGAGCAUCGCCUACUUUUACGUAGGAUUUAUGCAAGAAGCCUACCAGCUUUCGUGAAGAGAUUGGGCAUCCUAACUGUCCGGCACUUGAAGAGGCUGGAGCAAGUUAUUAUUGGUUAUCUGGAAAUUUAUGAUGGACCAGAGGAGGAGGCUAGAUUGAAGAUACUGGAAACCCUAAAACUGCUUAUGCAGUAUACAUGGCCCAGAAUUUCCUGUAGAACUGUGACUUUAUUGAAGGCUCUCUUGAAACUGAUAUGUGAUGUAGCAAAGGACCCUAACCUCACGCCUGAGCCUGUGAAAAGCACCUUACUAGAGGCAGCCACAGAUUGUCUGGUUAUUCUGGACCACUGUUCUCAGGGACAAGUGAAGGGUCUCCUGGCUAAAAUUCCUCAAAGCUGUGAUGAUGGCAAGAUCAUGAGCUGUAUCAGAAUUGUUUUUGAAGAUACUCCCUACACUGGAACUUAAGAUUUGUAUUAUUUUUCUGAAGAGGACUUUCCUAUUCCAGUUGUAUAAAUAAAAUAUUUACAGUUA